AUGCCGCCUAGCAUUCUCGACCAGGAAGAGGAACUCCAUUCUUUCAGUAGGAAUGGCGGUGCCAAAGUUUUAUACAAGUUCCCAGCUAGGCUGAUAUCUAUCACUCAUACCAUCUUUGCCUACUGUGCCUUUUUCUUGGCGCUCAUUUUUGGGUGCUAUUUCUCUUAUUACAAGAUUGUUCAAAAUGAGCAUUAUGGUUAUCCAGAGGAAUGGUUUCCCAGUGUUAGUGCAACCACUGGUGAUCGGUACCCAGCACGAGCCAUCUUUCAAAUUUUCAUCGCUUUGACAUCAGGACCACGUUUCGCUUUAGUCUUCUUGUGGUAUUUGCUUAUAACUAAGUCUGCGCGUACAGCUUCUAAAGGCUUUGGGAAGUUUUUGCUCACUGUUGGCCUAAUUCGCACUGUAUCUUGCGGUGGCUGGGUCUAUAUUACAUCCUCCGACGACCACGACACUCACGAUAUCGCCAUGAUUUUGUACCUAUUGUGUACCUUACCGUGGCAAUACGGCGUAUGGAAGACUACACCUAGAUCUAGUCAUAAUGCUGCAAAGUGGCGAAAAAUAUUUACUGCAUUGUUCUUCGGCACCCUUCCACCCAUGAUCUACUAUUUCAUACAGCACAAAGUCCAUCGAGUUUCAGGAGCCUACACGAUAUAUGCCUUCUUUGAAUGGUCGUUGAUCAUUUAUGAUGUCGCUUUUGAUGCUGUUACUGCACUGGAUUUCCAACGGUUUGAAUUCACAAUUCAGGAUCUCUCUGCUGUACACGGUCACGGCGAUAUUGAUGACGAUAAGCAUGGAGAACAAAUGGCUUUGCCUAAAAAUCCAAAAGCUUGGAAGAAGCUUCAAGGCUACAUAGGAGAAAUAUAUCUUGCCUUCGUCUUCUGGUCUAUGCUUACUUCACUCGGUUUACUUAUUUGGUAUUUCCCAUUGUUCAAUAUGGGCAUCUCUGGAUAUGAAGUAUUGCUAUUUGUUACGAUCUCUCCUUGCUUAUUGGGCAAUCGUUCCGUUCAAACCACUGUAUACAAGAACCGCUAUCUGUUCCAUUUACUGUCGUUGACGGGUGUUGCUUCCUAUUUGGUUGAAACUCCGUCACGAAGACUUAUCAUCACUGCCUUUGGCGUUUCCGUCAGUAUCCUCACUUGGAUGUCAACCUUCAUCGGGUCUAGUGCCGAUCCAGUGCAGUUCGAGAGAAAUGUCUUGGUAUGGGGAACCGGUCUCACUUUUUUCAAUUUGGUGAAGCUGGCUUGGGCAACUGAGUCACCCAUUUGGCCGACUAUGAAAGCUUCCACUGGCGGAUGGAAUGGCACCGGCUUGUUGCUUGGUAUUGCUGCUGUUGUUAGUGGCAUAUUAAAUAACAAGAAGGAUAACCAGUAUAUGGGAAGGUCGCUGUCUUCUCCUCUUCUGAAAUCAGCAUCCAAAGAUGGUUCAUGGGCAUAUGCUGCAACUGGAUUUGGGUCCCUGUUGUUCGCAUUGCAUUCCAUGUAUACGGAUUCUUCCCUCAUCAUGCGAUGGACAGUUACAGGAUAUCCUCAUUAUGGCCCUUCGCCGGUCCCUUGGGGUGUUUUGACUAUUUUCGUUCUUGCGGUUGGCUUGGUACUGUCAUUCAACCAACAACUGGUUUUGAAUAUUCUUUGGUUUGUCUUCGGCUGCACUUCCUGCUUGAUAUUCUAUGGAUGUUCAGGAUGGUUAGGCUACAUUGGUGGGCUUCUUUUGGGACUAUACCUAAUGUCAUUGAUCCUCGUCCUUCCAAAAGCUAUGGCAAUUUAUUCACCCAUGAAGACCAUGCUACUUGCUUUCAUGGUGUACAAUUUCUUGUGCUUAGCUCACGUUUGGGUUGUUGCCUACGAAUUUGUUCCAGGUGGCGUAUACGCUCGCGAACGUACCAAUUGGGUCUUGUCCUGCACCAUGGCUUUUAUCGGCCUCGGUGUCUACAAUGCCAAAUUAGCUCUCCAACCCAAUAGACCGGAAAAAUCCCCCUACCGAAACCUUCUCCAGGAAGUGCGCAGCCACAUUGGUGUUCUCUUGGCCGCUAUCAUUGCAUUUUCUGCCAUCAUAUCCGUCGGACGAGUUCUUACCGCUGGAUCGAUUGUUCCCUACCACCCUGAGCAGAAGAUGUUCACAGCUGGCAUUUGGACCAUUCAUUUUGCUCUAGAUAAUGAUAUGUGGGCCAGCGAAAGAAGAAUGAGAGACGCUGUUCGGGAUCUGGAACUCGAUGUAAUAGGCUUUUUGGAGUCGGACACUAUGCGUAUCAUCAUGGGCAAUCGUGAUUGGGCGCAGUACAUUGCUGAAGAUCUGGGAUACUACAUUGACUAUGGUCCGGCUACCAUGACGCAUACAUGGGGGUGUCUUAUGCUUUCGAAGUUCCCCAUCAAAAAGUCUGUGCACCACCUUCUUCCUUCUCCUAUCGGUGAAUUAGCUUGUGCCAUCCAUGCCACAUUGGAUGUGUAUGGGCAAGAUGUCGACUUCAUUGUCUCACAUAAUGGCCAAGAGGAGAACCUCUUGGAUCGUCAACAGCAAACCGCAGAAUUAGCCCGAAUUAUGCGUGAGAGCCAGAAUCCGUUCGUGUUCCUGGGCUAUGUGGUGACCAAGCCUUUCCAACAAAUAUACAACAUGCUCUAUGAUGGUGGGCGAAUCAAUGAUAUAGAACCAUCGGAUGAUGAUCGCUGGUGUGAAUACAUUGGCUACCGCAAGCUGAACAGAGUUGGCUAUGCAAGGAUUACACAUGGCGGUAUUACCGACACCGAAAUACAAACCGGUAAAUUUAUUCUAGAAAAUGAUAACUUAGAUCAAUGGAAACCUUCCUAUGAGCGUGAAGACGAAGCCAAUGUUCCACAAGCGCUUCGUUAUCCUGAGAUUUUCAAAGGUGAAGGAAUCCGUAAUCACCGAUUCCAUGUUACUCCCAACAACGAACCAAUAUACUACAGACCGUCUUAA